AUGGAAGAUUCUUUACAUAAGGGGCAAAUGGGCCGAAUAGGCGUACUUGGCGGAUCUAAAGAAUACACAGGCGCGCCAUAUUUUGCUGGCAUUACAGCACUUUAUUGUGGGGCUGAUUUGGUUCAUGUGCUGUGCGCAGACGCCGCCGCCCAAGCCAUCAAAUGCUAUAGCCCUGAGCUCAUUGUUCACCCGACAUUGGAUAAUAACCUUGAGGAGUCAUUAAAGUGGCUUUCUAAGCUGCACGCCGUUGUGAUCGGUCCUGGCCUUGGUAUGGUAGAAAAUAUCCCAAUUACGGAAAAGUUAAUGGAAGAAUGUAUCCGAUCAAAAAAACCCAUGAUUAUUGAUGCAGAUGGACUCUAUAUUGUUGCUAAAAAUGCAAGUCUUGUUUCUGGCUCUCGGCAGGUUAUUCUGACCCCAAAUGUGAAUGAGUUUUCUCGUCUGUAUAAGACUAUUUUAGGCACAGAACCCUCAAAUGAUCCAAAAGAGACGUCUACGUUGGCCUCUGCUCUGGGUAACCUUACAAUCAUUCGAAAAGGACCGAUGGAUGUCAUCUCCAAUGGCGAACACCUGGUCAUCUGUGAAUCAGAGGGUUCUCCUAGGCGAUGCGGAGGACAAGGAGACCUAUUAUCCGGGGCAGCUGCUAUCUUCUCUCAUUGGUUCUCUAGGAAAUCCUUCACUUGUUCUUAUUCUGCCACAAUGGCUGCUAGUUUAGCUGCCUGCUUGCUGACCCGUCGAUGUGCAAACCUCGCGUUCUCCAAGCACCGCCGAAGCACUGUGACAAUGAAAUUGAUUGAAGAAAUUCAGCCAGCUUUUGAACAGCUGUUUAUGCACAAAUGA